AUGCUCAGAGACGUCAUCUCCUCCGAACACCUGAACACUCGCCAACUGUCAUACCUUUCGAUCAUCUACGGUACAGUCAUGGCUAAGGAAGCGGGCGACAACGAAAAGGGGCGUGGCGCUCACGAGCCUUGGACCAACAAGGAGCGCCACAUCAUUGUCCAGCACGUCCUCAAGCACGUGCUCACCAAUGUAGGCUACGGCACCAUCUUCAACGAGCUCAUCGACGUCCUUGACAAGCAGGGUCUCCCCAAACGAACCACGCAGCAGCUGCAGGACCAGUGGCGUCGCAAGAUCUGCAAGGAGCUGCUCUCCAUCUACGGACCGGCGACCCAGGAUGGCUCUGACACUGCGCCCCGCAGCCUCUCCAAGGCCGGCGGAGGCAGCCCUAGCAAACGCAAGCGCCCCACUGAGUGA